GCCACCUACGCCGCGGACGCCGCCGCGUACCUGGUCGGGUCCCGGAGGGGCCCGGGCAGGUGAGGACCUUGGUGUCCUGAGACCCUGGUUUUGGACCGUGCGAGAUCUGAAUCCAGAGCUGCCAUGAUUGAAGUGGUAGCUGAGUUGAGCCGAGGUCCUGUAUUUCUGGCGGGGGAGGCACUGGAGUGUGUGGUAACCGUCACCAACCCCUUACCCCCUACAGCCACUUCUGCAUCCAGUGAGGCUCUGGCUUGGGCCAGUGCCCAGAUCCACUGCCAGUUCCAUGCCAGUGAGAGUCGAGUAGCACUGCCUCCCCCUGAUUCUAGUCAGCCAGAUGUCCAGCCUGACAGCCAGACUGUGUUUCUGCCACACCGAGGUGAGAGAGGUCAGUGUAUCCUUUCUACUCCACCAAAAAUUCUAUUUUGUGACCUGAGGCUAGACCCUGGAGAGUCCAAAUCAUACUCCUACAGUGAAGUGCUGCCCAUUGAGGGACCACCCUCCUUUCGGGGUCAGUCGGUCAAGUACGUCUACAAACUGACUAUUGGCUGCCAGCGUGUCAACUCACCCAUCACUUUACUUAGGGUCCCUUUGAGGGUUCUUGUACUGACUGGCCUUCAAGAUGUCCGGUUUCCCCAGGAUGAGGCUGUAGCCCCAUCUAGUCCAUUCUUAGAGGAGGAUGAGGGUGGCAAGAAGGACUCAUGGCUUGCUGAGCUGGCUGGGGAGCGUCUCAUGGCUGCCACAUCCUGCCGUAGCCUCCAUCUGUACAAUGUCAGUGAUGGUCGAGGGAAAGUUGGGACAUUUGGCAUCUUCAAAUCUGUGUACAGACUUGGCGAGGACGUGGUGGGAACCUUAAACUUAGGGGAAGGAACUGUAGCUUGUUUGCAGUUUUCAGUAAGCUUACAGACCGAGGAACGGGUACAGCCUGAAUACCAGCGGCGCCGGGGGACAGGGGGUGCUCCCUCUGUGUCCCAUGUGACUCAUGCCCGGCACCAGGAGUCCUGCUUACAUACUACCAGAACCAGCUUCUCUCUCCCCAUCCCUCUCAGCUCUACCCCAGGCUUCUGCACUGCCAUUGUGUCCCUGAAGUGGCGACUGCAUUUUGAAUUUGUAACAUCCCGAGAACCAGGAUUGGUACUCUUGCCCCCUGUGGAACAACCUGAACCUGCUACCUGGACAGGUCCUGAGCAAGUGCCUGUAGACACCUUCAGCUGGGAUCUUCCCAUCAAGGUGCUGCCUACAAGCCCCACCCUGGCCUCAUAUGCUGCUCCAGGCCCCAGCACCAGCACCAUAACCAUCUGAAACUGGCCCAUCUACCUACCAUGACACUAACGUCUUCAAGAUUCUGAGAACUUAGCAUGUGGACUCUAGCUGGAAUCYACUUUUUCCACCUAGGACCUAAUAGCACAGACAAUUGAGAGGCAGUCUGGGCUGGGAGUGUAGCUCAGUGGUAGAGCAUUUGUCUAGCAUGUGCAAGGCCCUGGGUUCAAUCCCAGCAUGUGG